CAGGAACGUGCAGUGUAUGAGAGCCAAAGCCUCCGCUCCUUCUUCUUCUUCUUCUUGAAUGAAACGAAAGCAUGUGUGGCUGCUGACACUGGCGCGAGCUCUGCAUCUUUAAAACAGGAAGGGGGAAAAAAAGCGGAGGGAAAACACACAAGCAGCUCAGUCAUAACUGUGGGAUGAGAAGGACUACCUCUUUUUACUUUUGGAGAGAGCCAAGCCGUUAGGAGAGCAUUCAGCAUCAGCUGUUCGACACUGGUCUCUCAUUGCUGGAAGUCGGGGCUGAAUGAGUCACAUGACAGAACUGGAGGCUGAGAUCUAGAGAAAAGGCACAGCAUUUCGGCUCGCACCGCCAUACUGUAUUUUGAGCCAUAUCACAUUUUUAUUGCAACAUUUUACUCCCGCUCGGUGAGUACAUUUCCAAUGGCUUUUUUGUAAGCAUUUUUUGUCUUUUUAAUUGCCCCCCUUUUUUUAUUUUUCCUCCUUUUGCUGGUGUUUGAAUUGAGCAUUGACAUGGUGGUUUUGAGCGUUUUUCACAUCCAGGCUUCAAGUUUUUAGCAUGCAGUUAUUCUGAUCCAGAGUGCCAAGAGGGUAAAAAAAAAAAAAAAAAAAAAAAAGCCAGAUCGGUCUUGAGCAAAGCCUUGACUUGGUUGCAGUUUUGUUUCGAGGGUCGAAACCAAGCAGCUUUUGUCAGUAUUGAGAUUUUUCACACAUUUAUUGGUGGUUUUGAAACAUUUUUGUUUUUUUUGUUUUCUGUCGACUUUUGCUGUUGCUAUGCUUUGGUUUGCAUUUUGCAGUGUUGUUUGUUGCCUUCGAGUUUUGUGAUUUUGGUGUCUCGGUGGAAUCUCACCGAUCCAACCCUUGCUUUUACUUUGGUCCUCUUUUCUCCUUUUUAAAGACGUUUUAACGUGAUACUUUUCUUGCAGCUGAGCUCACAGAUGAUGCUGGGUGGACGAGGGGAGUUUUGAUUCUUGGUGGAGUUCAAUGCGUUUUUGUUUUCUGUUUCAACGAGGAUGAACAGACAUUUUCCCUUCUGCAGGAGGGCAACUGGAGGAGAAUGACUGGUAAAACCCAGACCAGCAACGUGACCAACAAGAAUGAUCCUCGCUCCCUCAACUCAAGAGUCUUUAUCGGCAACCUCAACACAGCCAUCGUCAAGAAGACCGACAUAGAGGUCAUCUUCGCCAAGUACGGAAAGAUAGUGGGUUGCUCUGUGCACAAGGGAUACGCCUUCGUACAGUAUUUGAACGAGAGGAACGCCCGAGCUGCUGUGUCGGGAGAAAAUACGCGCAUCAUCGCCGGACAGCCUCUUGACAUAAACAUGGCGGGUGAGCCAAAGCCAUACAGGCCUAAAGCGGGCUCCAAGCGGCCGCUGUCAGCUGUUUACAGUGGUUAUGAAUUCGAUUACGAGUACUACAGGGAUGAUUUUUACAGCAGGCUUUUUGACUACCACGGCAGAGUGGCCCCCCCUCCCAGAGCCGUGAUCCCCAUCAAACGUUCCAGGGUGCUCGCUCCCUCCACCCGACGUGGGAAGACCUCCUUCCCCAUCAAAUCCUCCUCUUCCUCCUCUUCGUCCUCCAGACCUCCCACAUCAUCCUCCUCUGGGCUAAAACCGGUGAAGACGGACCAGCUCCAGACGAUCAAACGGGAGCUGACUCAGAUCAAGAUGAAGAUCGACUCUUUGCUGGGACGCCUGGAGAAGAUCGAGAAGCAGCAGAGAGCCGAUUGUGAGGCUCAGAGAAAGUACGAGGACAACUGCGACUCGCUGCAUGAGGAGUCCGUGUCAGAGACGGCAGAAAACUCUGGGGAGGAGGCCGGCGACGGGGCGCUGGACGUGGAGGCCGGAGAGAUGACCGAUGGAGGCGAGGACGACUACGACGAAGAGGGCAGCCACCAUCUGAUAGAGAACCACGUAUCAGAUAUUGACAACUGAGAAAAGGACGAGGCGGCAGACUCCCACGGUCGGUGGUAUUAGAAUUCAUCAUCACCUUCAAGAGGCAGAAAAAAAAGCAUCUCUGAGGGAAAUCGAGACAUCCAUUUUGGACUGUAAGUUGUGUUCAAGAGACGCUCAAUCACAUUUAGACGCCCAAGUGUGAUGUGCUUUCUAAAGAAAAUGUAUUCGAGACCCAUUUUAAUGCAGUUUUGCCUCAUGGAUAUUUUGUGCGAUCUUUAUUUCAUUUCAAGAGACUGACGGAAUCAUUCACUAAUCCUGUUCCUGAAAAUAAAACCGAUUGGAAGAAAA